AUGUGGGUUCAAUUAGUUCGGCACCUUGCAGAGCGACAGACACCAGGCUUCCCCAAGAAUGGUUACGGUGCUUAUUACACCAGACGUGACGGUGCUAUGCUCCAUAGUCUCCUCGUGGACGGACAUCAACAGCCCGCAGAAACAGUCGAGGCAACUUCUCCCUCCUCAAACACACCUCCCCUUCUCUCCCCAUUACCCUCCCUUCUCUCGUGCCCACAUCAUGUCUUGAUGUGGCGCAGAGAGGCGCUAGCAGCUAAGGACACCGCCACUGUAGUCCCUGAGCUGGGUCUAAUCGACACCAUGGUGAAGGAACUCGCUGAAUACCUGGGAAGGUCACAUCCCUCUCACGAUGAGUUCAAAGAGCUACAGGAGGUGUUCUACCGGACAAACCUUGAACUGCAGGAAAUUCACGCAGUUCGUUGGCUGAGCUAUGGCGAUGCCAUCAUGCGCUUGGUGCAUGUGCUCCCCGUCGUCAUCGUGCUCCUGUGGGAGUGGGACGACGACUUUUACCACAUUGUGACUUCAGUGAAGUUCAAUGUGUAUCUUUAUUACCUUGCCGACAUGCUCAUCAUCCUCAACAACCUCAACCUCCAGUUUCAGAAGCGAGAGGUCGACAUGACAUCAGUGCAGUCGACCGUGCACCGCACCUUGAUCACCAUCCGUACACGCUACAUCGAGUUCGGCGAUGACUUCGGUGGCGGCCCACAGCAACAUCUCAGGGCCUUUCUCGCAAGGCUCAGUAAGUCUCGAAAAAUCACGGUGGAUGGUGGGGACGGGGAGGGGCGGCCGCGACAACAUAGCUUUGAGCUGCACGAGGAGGCAUUGACGGGCUACAUCAAGUCCCCAGAUGACUUGCAGCCGUGCCUCGACGUUUGCCGCCGCCACGCCUAG